CACCACCUACAUGUCUCAGAUCACUCAGCCACAGACAUCGACAGGUGGGUCUGGUUCCUCUCAAGGUCUCUGCCUUGCUUGGUUUUCUACCUUGUGACAAGUGCUGUUCAAAUGAACUGUGAUACAUUGUAUUUGAUGGGUUGAUUGAUGAAUUUCAUCUUUGUACAGACGAACUAGUUCUACAGGUGACAGCUGAGCAGACCAGACAUCGCAUCAUGAAGUGGGCUAUCGUUCUGUGUGCCAUGGUGACACUCUCCGAGUGCAUCAUUCAGUACGUUACACCUGCUAUUCUCCUUUACAUUACACAACAGUUCAGAAGGCAGUGAAUGGUAGAAUACCCAACAUUUGAAUAGUCGCACACAGUUGUUUAGCUUAUGCUUCCAUAACGUUUAUUGCAAUGGUUUGACCAGAAGGUCUUGGAACUUUAACCAGAAACUUGCUGGAACUGAACUGCUUGCCUAACCAGACUUUGUCCUCCCCCCACAGGGUGCCGCUGAUCAAGGGGAAGAGUGCCAGGGAGAGCCUGGAGGAGCAGGGUCUGUGGGAUGAGUACAGGAAGAAGUAUCCCUUCAACCCCACCAGGUUUGAUGACCAGAGCCUCUACGUCUCCAACGAGCAGAUGACCAACGACGCUGACGUAAGCAUGAGAAUGGAUAGCACUUCACACUUUCUACUCCGUAAGGCAACAGAGAAGGCUGAAGCACGUCUUUUGGCCUCUUCUUCCUAAAUUAAUUUCUGAACCACCGAGGAUAACUUUAACUGAUGACCCAUAGGUAUUUUGGUCUAAUUCUAGUAAUUCUUGUAACGCCAUAGGGUAGGGGGAGGUAUUUAUUUAUGGAAAUAACCAUUUGAUUCUCUCUCUUCUCUAGCUGGCUUACUUUGGAGUGAUCUCCAUUGGAACUCCCCCUCAGUCCUUCACUGUCAUCUUUGACACUGGCUCGUCCAACCUGUGGAUUCCCUCCAUCUACUGCAGCAGCCAAGCUUGUGGUAUAUAACACAUGCACAAGCACAAACACACACACACACACACACAUACACACACACACACACACACACACACACACACACACACACACACACACACACACACACACACACACACACACACUCCCAGGCUAAUCGUGUCUCCCCUCCUUCCAGCCAACCACAACAGGUUCAACCCCAGUUUGUCCUCCACCUUCAGGAAUGCUGGAAAGAGCCUGUCCAUCCAAUAUGGCACUGGCAGUAUGACUGGCUUCGAGGGCUUCGACACUGUUGUGGUAAGGAACAUAAUUCAACACAACAACAUCAGGACUGGAAACAUUGUGUAGGUUUCAGUAUUAUCUCAAAUAAUCUCCUCUUCCUCCUCCUUGUUCCAUCCUCCUCUUCCUCCUCCUUGUUCCAUCCUCCUCUUCCUCCUCCUUCUUCCCUCCUCCUCUUCCUCCUCCUUCUUCCCUCCUCCUCUUCCCUCCUCCUUGUUCCCUCCUCCUCUUUCUUCCUCUUUCCUCUCCCCUCUUCUUCUCCUCCUCGCCCUCCUCUUCCUGGUCCUCUGUAGGUGGGUGGGAUCCCUGUGAAGAACCAGAUCUUUGGGCUGAGUCAAUCGGAGGCUCCUUUCAUGGCCCAUAUGAAGGCUGAUGGUAUCCUGGGUCUGGCCUAUCCCCGCCUGGCAGCCUCUCAGGCCACACCAGUCUUUGACAACAUGAUGACCCAACAUCUCGUCAACCAGGACAUGUUCUCUGUCUACCUGAGCCGGUGAGUGCUCAGAGUGGAGGUCAACCAGGGCUGUGUCUGAAAUGGCACCCUAUUCCCUAGUGCACUACUUUUGACCAGAGCCUCAUGGCUCCCACGUACCCUCAUUGCUUGGCGAACAUGGAACUAUGCAUUGACACAACUUCUCUCUCCCUCUCCCUCUCCCUCUCCCUCUCCCUCUCCCUCUCCCUCUCCCUCUCCCUCCCUCUUCUACUCCUCUCUCUCUCUCUCUCUCUCUCUCCUCUCUCUCUCUCUCUCUCUCUAUAUAUAUAUAUAUAUAUCCCUAACUGUCUCCCCUCCCUCCCUCUCCCUCUUUCUCCUCACUCUCUGUUGUUGUCCAUCUCCAGUAACUCUGCAGUAGGUAGCGUGGUGACUUUCGGAGGCGUUGACCCCAACCACUACGAAGGCCAGAUCGCCUGGAUCCCCCUGUCCUCUCAGAUGUACUGGCAGAUCACCGUCGACAGGUACUGUUGCAGUUACCUAACCUCUUAGAGGGUUAUAAAUGGUUAUUAAUGGGUUAUAUAAUCCUAUGAUUAAGUGAUUAAGUACAACUCCCAAGCAGCCACCUCCUCCGUCUGAUCUGUGUAUACCUGUGUGCAGUGGUGGAAAAAGUACUCAAAUGUCAUUAUUGAGUAAAAGUAAAGAAACCUUAAUAGAAAAUUACUCAAGUAAAGGUGAAAGUCACCACUAAAAUACUACUCAAGUAAAAGUCUCAAAGUAUUUGGUUUUAAAUAUACUUAAGUAUCAAAAGUAAAUGGAAUUGCUAAAAUAUACUUAAGUAUCAAAUGUAAAAGUAAAAGUAUUAAUAAUUUCAAAUUCCUUAUAUUAUGCAAACCAGACUUUUUUUUAUUUAGUUAUUGGAGAGCCAGGGGCACACUCCAACACUCCAACAUUAAUUUACAAAUGAAGCAUUUGUGUUUAGGUAGUCCGCCAGAUCAGAGACAGUAGGGAUGACCAGGGAUGUUCUCUUGAUUAGUGCGUGAAUUGGACCAUUUUCCUGUCGAAAUGUAACGAGUACUUUUGGGUGUCAGGGAAAAUGUAUGGAGUAAAAAGUGCAUUAUUGUCACGAACGUCUUGGAAAGGAGUAGACCAAAGCGCAGCGUGUUGCACGAACAUGAUGCUUUAUUUAAUUAAAGCGAAACACGAAACAACAAAACAAAUAACGAUUCGUGAAGUCCACAGUGACAAUGACUGACUAGGAACAAAAACCCACAAACACAAGGUGAAAACAGACAGUUUAAAUAUGGCUCCCAAUCAGAGACAACGAGCCAACAGCUGACACUCGUUACCUCUGAUUGGGAGUCACUCAAACAAAGAAAUACAACAACCUAGAACAACCCAACCAAGAAACAGAACACAAAGAAACGAACACACCCUGGCUCAACAUACAAAGUCCCGGAGCCAGAGCGUGACAAUUAUUUUCUUUAGGAAUGUACUGAAGUAAAAGUAAAAGUAGUCAAAAAUAUAAAUAGUAAAGUAAAAUACAGAUACCCCCCCAAAAAAUGACUUAAGUAGUACUUGAAAGUAUUUUUACUUAAGUACUUUACACCACUGUCUGUGUGUUCAUUGCAGUGUGACUGUGAAUGGCCAAAUUGUGGCCUGUAACGGCGGCUGCCAGGCUAUUGUGGACACCGGCACCUCUAAUAUUGUGGGACCUCAGAAUGCCAUCUCCAGCAUGGCCCGUGCUGUGGGAGCCAGCUCCGCUAACGGAGACGUAAGUCAUAUGAUAUUGUUUUGGUGGUGUGUCACAAAGAACCAGGCAUAAUGUCAAUGAUUUGUUCCACCACCACUACUGACAGAACCAGAACACAACUCACACAGUCACUCCUCUCAUCCCUCUAUUUGUCUCUCUCUCUUUUCAGAAUGUGGUGAACUGUAACAACGUUAACAACAUGCCAGCGAUGGUCUUCCACAUCCACGGACAAGCCUUCACUCUCCCAGCUUCCACCUAUGUCCGCCAGGUAUGUGUAUGUGUAGAGCUUACGUAGCCCUGAAGUCACCGUCACAUUGUUUUGACUCGCUCUCUCUCUCUCUCUCUCUCUGCCCACCCGUACAGUCCACCUACUAUGGCUGCCGCACCGGUUUACAAUCUGGUGACUCCAACCUGUGGAUCCUGGGUGACAUCUUCAUCAGACAGUACUAUUCCAUCUUCUACAGAGCCCAGAACAUGGUGGGCCUGGCACUGGCUAGAUAAUCGAACACAGAUCAGCGAUGGAUCCCGUAACGCCAUAUGAACAACAACGUCAACGUAUCUCUCCAGUGCAAUCACAUAAAUUCUAAAGCUAGUUUGAGUAGUGUGCGAUAGCAAAUGAUACUGCUCUACGUCUAUAAUUGUUAUUAGUUCAUCCAAAAUAAUAAACUGAGUCAUAGCAUUA